AUAUAUAUGCUCACCCACAUGCAUUUCACCCAACUACAAAUAUAAGUUACUCUUUCUUCAAUUGUUUCACUUGAAACAGUAGUCCUCGUCUUCACUAAAUUAAAUAAAUAGUCUCGUCAAUCACAUCGGUUAAGUUGAUCAUUAACACAUGGACAGAGUGAACAUAUUGGUUUCCGAGAGGCCUGUGGUGAUCUUCAGUAAGAAAUCAUGCAUCUUGUCAUACACAAUCAAGUCUCUUUUUAACGACUUUGGUGUGAACGCUAUGGUGUAUGAGCUUGAUGAGAUUGCUAGAGGUCGGGAGAUCGAGCUAGCGUUAUCUGCUCAUCAUGGACGUGAUACAGCGCCGACGAUCUUCAUCGGCGGUGAGUUGGUUGGUGGGACUAAUGAGAUUAUGAGUCUUCAUCUCAGGAGAGAAUUGAAGCCAAUGCUCAUCAGGGCUGGAGCUUUAUGGGUUUAAUAAUUAAGUGAUCAACUAAUUAUAUAUAAUACUGUCUAGCUAGCUACCACGAUAUAAUGUGAUGAAGCCGGUUACAUAUGCAAAUUAUUAGUACACACCAAUAAAAACAUGACCAUAAUACAUAUAUAGUUCAUAUCA